GUAGCUUUAAAGGGGAACCCAGCCUUGGCAAUAAAAUGUUGUGUUGGGAAGGAGAAAAAUAAAUUAAACAGAUUGGUGAAAGUUUGAAAGAAAUCGGACAAGCAAUAAGAAAGUUAUAGCUGCUUAAAGAUUGAGAUCACUAGUACUAUGUAGAUUUCAAAUUGGCAACUGGGUAAGUAAAUUAUGACAAGGGGCAAGGACAACUUUCCCAUAGGCCAUGUACUUUAUCAUCAGGGAUUUGUGGUUUUCUCCUAAGUACCCAUUCCCCUGGGGCAGUAAUCUAAAUAUAACCCAGGUAGUAUAUUGUUUAUAAGUCCUCAUGAAAGAAAAAUAUAAUUUGAAAUAAUUUUUUUUGGAAAAAUGAUAUUUUAGCCAUAAUAUGUAUUGGAGUACAUGGAAGAGUAGUCCUUGCCUUACAUCACUAUGACAUCCCAUAUGCGGCCAAUUUGAAGUCUCUAUGGGUAUAGUGAUUACCAAUAUUUACAACUUUUAAAAAUUCAUAACUUUCUUGUCGUUUGUCCAAUAUUGUUCAAACUUUCACCUAUCAACUUGUCUGAUUUUUUCUUUUCCUUAUGAAAAUAAGAUUUUAUUUGGGUUGGAUUCCCCUUUAACACUGUCAUGAUUUAAAAUCUAUUUUAGUAUACCUGUCAUGCCUUUCUAAUAUGUUUGAUUUUUAUUGUUUUUUUUUUGUCUCUAACAGUAUUUUCUGAUAGUUCUGUUGCUGCUUCUAGCCGAGGUUGUUUCUACAUCGUUAUUAUUUGCAUUUAGAUCAAAGGUGGAAUCAUUUGUGAAUACAAAAUUAGAUUCAACGAUAAAGACCCAAUAUGGCCAGGAGAAUCGAGACGGGACGACAGAGGCAAUUGAUGCCAUGCAGAGGAUGCUAAUGUGCUGCGGAAACCAUAACUUCACAGAUUGGGAGGAUAGCGAUUGGUAUUUGAAGGAGAAUCCAGACAACAUGACGCAGACGAUUCUCUAUGUUCCUCAGUCUUGCUGCAUCGCAGACGGAGAUAAACUAAGGAAUAGAGCGGUGUGUCAAGAAUCGCCUGAAGAUAUUAAUCCAGAAAGGCAUUCGGAGGGCUGUUUUAAUGCUCUAUAUUCCAAACUACUUGACUACAUAUGGGUUGUAGGAGGUAUAGGGAUAGGAGUAGCUGUUUUACAGGUAUUGCUGUUAAUAUUAGCAGUCGUGCUCCUGCGGAACGUAAUAGAUGACGACGACGAGUACGAAGAUUAACGGCUUGUUCCUUUUUCCAUUUAUGAUUGCUGUAGGCCUAUCUUUGGUCCAGAAUAUGAUUUUUUUUUAACAUGACUCCUUUGUGUUAUUUACAUCUUCUAUUAUGCUUUUUACACUAGCAAAAAUUUCCUUAACCCUGUACAACAGGUGGGGCUAAAUUGCCUUUUAUCCCAACUGAUAGUACAGGGUAAGCUUCGGCCACUUUCAUUUUACAGCAGGGUUAAGCAAGUGGGCUUAACCCCACCUAUAGUGCGGGAUUAUUUGGCCCUGCAAAAUAUCAGGGUUAGCCGAGCAAUUGCAGUGCUACGAGUGAUAGUCCAGGGAUAAGAUCUCUACUAGUGUGUAUAGAGAAACCCAGGCCAAGCCGAGGACAGUGCUCGAUGUACAGUGCCGCUCUCGGUAAACUUGACACUGCGGUUUAUCGCGGUUAAUCGCGGGAGCGCGUACGCGUUUAACUUCGAUCACCACAGGCCAUCGUACAUUUUGAUAUAGCGCCAGCUACGUUGAAAUUUCGUAAAUUCUACCGGCGUUUCCUUGCGCGCACGCGGUACCGCAGUUUGGAUCGUACGUGUACAUGUAUGCAAGUGACAUUGCAUUUUUCGGAAAGUAAUUAUCUUUUAGCUGUUUUGAAUAUUACUUUUGAUUCUCAUGUCAUUUUUUUUUUUAUUGUUGAUUAAUGAUCAUUUAAAGGAUUUUCAAAUUAUUGAUUUGGUGAUGUGAUCGGAGGUGCAAGUUAUUGGGGUUUUAAAAAUAGUUGCUUCAGCCGUUGUUUUGAGUUUUGGGAGUGAUGCGGGCUUGAAAUGUGUUCAUGGUCACUAGAUGAAUCAUUGCGGCACCAUGAUGAUGCUGCAAAUUCAUCUUUUUUUCAAGUUUAACAAUGUUUCAAUUAGAUGUUUUACCCAUUUUUUAACAUUUUAGUUUUUAACCAUUUUUAAAAUACAUAGAAUAUCAUUUGAGAACAAAUACAUGAUUCUUAUUUUUGUUAAAGUCUUAGGCCUAUAUACAUGUUGCUUGUUUUCUUUCUCAAUUAUUUGACGCUUUCUUUAUCAUUUUUUUGUUUCUUUCGUUCCUUCAUCCCUUCUUGUUUUAUUUUCCUUUCUUUUCUUAUUUCAUUUCUUUCCUCCCUCUAUUCCAUUAUAAUUCUUUUUUGCUUCCUUUCAUCCUUUCCUUCCUGUGCCUUUUUUGAUGUCCAUCCUACUUUUUAUAGUUUUCUUGUCUUCCCUUUUCGUUUUGUUGUUUAAAUUAUUCUUUUCUUACUCUCAAUUUCCCUUUCUUCCCUUUUUUCUUUGUUCAAUCUUUCUUUCUUUCAUUCUCCCCUUCAUCUUUCGCUUUCAUCUUUGUGUAUUGGCUUACUUCGUUCCCCUCGAAGUUUUCAAUGAUCCCGCGUAUAUACAAUAAAUGAAUUUCCGAGAAUGACACAAGAUUUACCGAUAAUCAUUAUUACAAUUACAGUAAUAACUCGUAUUAUUAUUAUUAUUAUUAUUAGAGAGAUGUAUUAUUUCGUUUGUCAACGUCAUACUCUACAUGUAUCUAUUAUUUUUUGACUUCCACUACUUCGUUUAUUGUCUGUUGGCAGACUUCGUUCAACUCGGAGUUUUCAAUGAUCCCGCGAAUAAUUAAUGAAUUCCCGAGAAUGAAACAAGAUUUACCGAGUUGGUGACAAACUUCGAUUUAAAGAGAUAAUUAUUAUCAUUACAAUUACAGUAAUUAUUAUUAUUAUUACGAGAGGUAUUGUUUCGUUUGUCAAUGUCUAUAGAAUUCCAUUGCUUCGUUUAUUGCGUAUUUGCAAACUUCGUUCAACUCGGAGCUUUCAAUGAUCCCGCGCAUAAUAAAAUGAUUUCCCAAGAAUGACACAAGAUUUACCGACUUGGUGACAAACUUCAAUUUAAAGAUAGAAUUACAUGUAUUAUUACAAUUACAGUAAUUAUUAUCAUUAUUAUUAGGAGAGAGAUGUAUCAUUUCGUUUGUCAAUGUCGUACAUGUAUUUUGUUGAAUUCCAUUUCUUCGCUCGUUGUUGUAUUGGCAGACGUCGUUCCCCUCGGAGUUUUCAAUGAUCCGCGCAUAAUAAAUGAAUUCCCGAGAAUGACAAUAUUUUACUGACUGGGAGGCAAAUUUUGAUUACAAGCUAUAUCAUUAUCAU